AUGGGUUAUCCUCUCCUUGUGGGGCAGCUGCUGUGGCAUAUGGCUCCUCUCCUACAUGUUUCAGGGGACACAACUGAAAAAAUUCUAACAGCUGGGAACGUUUCUGCAGUUGAAAACAGCAACAUCACCCUGCGGUGUUCUCUCUCUUUGACCAAUGCCAUUGUGUCGCAGGUGAACUGGAACAGGUGUAACAAGGUCACGCUUGCAGUUUAUCUAAACAAAGAGAAAGGCAUAGUCCAGCCGGUGUUCACUGAGAAGGUAUCACUGGCAGCAGAGUACGGGAUAACAAUCCACUUAUUAGGUGUCAAUGACACUGGAGAUUACUGUUGUGAAUUUCACACCUUCCCUUAUGGGAUAUAUGAAGGGAGAAUGUUCCUGGAACUGGCAGGAGCAUCAGAGGAGAUGACCCUUUGGAAGAACCUUCCAUACAUAAUAAUCAGCCUGAUAUUGGGAGUUCUGCUCCUCACGUGUUUCAUAGUCUGGAUCCUUAGGAGAAAGAAACAAACUCGGAAGAUCCACGUGCCGUCCCAUGUCCUGCAGAAGGCGCCCUCCAGCAGCAGCGGGCAGGACUGCAGCUCACCAAACCCUACCACAGGCAGCUCAGCAGAGGCCAGGGUGGCACCUGCCAGCAGCGUGGGAGCUCAGGAGGAGUCUGAUGAUGGUCACGACUAUUUCAAUGUCCUGUAAUACAAAAGCCACAGCAGCAGGCGCACCGCGGUACAAAUGGGGUAGCUGGGUGGGGAGGAGGGAGUUUUGGCUGUGGGGAAGCUUAGCAUUCCUGCAUCAAUUCUUUAGUUGAAACCUUUCUGCUUCCUCCUAUUAAGUCCUGUAAAACGGUCUGGAGGUUGGCUGGUCAAGAGAAAGGGUAUGUGUGGUGAUGGUGGUGGAAGGGAGAAGUACAGAGCACUGUUGUACAGGCACAGGGUGUUUGCACUGGAUAAAUCAAGAGAUUGGGAAGGCCUUUACCUUCUAGGGUUUUGUUCAAAAUCCCAUCCAGGCUAGUAGCGACAAGAAGUUGUUACUAGCUGAAGGGCUGCAUGGAGGUCUCACUCCAGUUUUCUAGGGGUACCAGUGACCACAUCACAACUGGGGGAAGAAAACUGGUUCAGUAGAGAAGCAAGGUAAUGACUGAGUCAUGGAUAUUGACUUCUCCUCUCAUCUCUGGAGAUGGUCUCUUGAGCAGGGCUGAAGAACACUAACUGGGGGGCUUUGUGUGGGAAUGGUGCCAACCCACCUGCUGCUGCUUGGACUAUACCUGAUCUGAUGGAUAGAGGACUUCAGUCUCCAAAGCUGUCAGUGCAGCACCAUUCACUAGCAACAGAAUUUAGGCAUGAAAAUGGCUGUGGGGCAGUCAGUUGCCACUCGCUUUGCAUAUGGGACCUGCUGGAUAAUGGGAAGCAGCCUUUUGAUCCCACAGGACCCUGCUGGUUAAUGACAUGCCUUGGGGUUGCAAUCCUCAGGCUGAGACCCACUGGAAUAUGUCCCUGGAUUGUCAAUAUGGCCUCGCGGUGCAGAUUUGAUGAGUUUACCUUGUUUUGAGAAGAGCGCCUCCUGGCUGUAGAAUGAGGAAAAAAAAUGUCUAGAUUUCCAUUAAAAUGCUCUUUCAACCCCUGCUAUGGAAAUGAUUAUCCAAUGUA